AUUUGUUUUACUUUGCAACGAUGUAUUCGACAGUAGGAAUUGAUAUCGAUAUUUUUUGUUUAACGCAGAAAGAAUUUUUAGAAGAGAUUAGAAGAAAUAUUGUUUUACUUAGUUACAAAAAUUACCGCAAGUGUGGGAGAAAAAAAAAUUGCAAAAAGUAUCGCGAGCGAAUAGUUUAGAGGAAAAAAAAAAAAAAAAAAAAAAUGAGAGUCAAAAACUAAGAACAAUGUUGUAGUUUUUAGUGGAUUCUUUCCAAGUGUUUGCCACGCGAUGACAAGUCAACGUCAAAGUGUGAAAAUAGUUAUAAACAAUUAAUUUACUCGCUGAAUCAGCUGAGACAAUUUUUCGCAGCUUUCAAAUGAAAGUCGAUAAUUUUUGGCCGGUUCGUACGGAUGAUGCUUGAACAUCGACAAGUGGCGCCGUCAACGUAAAGCUUUGGAACUGCCGAGUCACUCGUCUGAUUAUUCAGAUUUACUCACAGAUUAGCAAACUGAAAACUAGCAAAAGUUACAGUCGAUUAAUUAUAUAUAAUAUAUAUAAGGUGUGCAGAAAAAUUUUCACGUGAAAUUGGCAUCAGGUAAAAAUUAUUUCAUCAUUUGAAGUACAAUUAACAUUUUCCUAAGCCGAGGUUUCGUUUAUUUAUAUUCUGAAGAAAAAAAAAAAAACGAAUCACGAAGUUGAUCUUCGUGUGUCGCGAACUCUUCCACUGACUUGAAAAAAAGUUAUAGCUAUUAGAUUCCGCUUCGAAGACGAUGAAACUUAUUUUGAAACGUGUUUCUCGAAAAUACUUCAUUCUCAAGUUAUUCGAGUUUAUCGAUUUAAAUGCCUCACCCUGUACACACUUUCAUUUAUUUAUUUAUUACAAUAUAUAAUAUAUAUAAAUUUUUUUCACAUCUCUCAAACUCUGGAACUUCACUCAAUGCUCGAAGCAUACGCGAAACGACGCGAUCCUCAAUUUAAUCUUACGGGCGGACAGGUAAACACUGAAUAUUACGACGUAGAUUCUCACCUUAUGAACUUGAAACGGUCGUCAGUCGCGUCUGAACUCGCAAGCUUCGAAGCACGGGUCGAAACACGUCGCGAUGUGUUGUCUUUUCUUCGUCCGUAGCGUGAAGCGUUUGUUUUGUUGUGACGGAAGAUUCAUCUCCGAUGUAAAGUCCGCGCAAGUCGAUCGGGCGGGAUGUUCGUUGAACUUCGAGUCGAGAUGCCGAAUUUCGUUGGUUCGAAUGACUUCGAAAAUCCUUUCGAAACGAAUCUAAUCGAGUCGCUGUUAGUCUUGGAGUAUGGCUUGGAACUUAUGUUGGCUUUACAAAAAUGGCACAGGCUUCAGAUACUGGCAACAUUUCACCCACGGCUCUUCUAAUGUAUAAAGCACUUGUUUAUACAAACUCGUCCGUUACCGUGAUGACUCCAAUCAUAAUAUGGCUUCGAAGUAAGACGUUGACUGCGUCUUUCAAAGAAAUGAUGAUAAUAGAUAACUCAUUUGAAACUAUUCUCGAAUCUCGUAAUCAAUAUACAAAACGGUACAUCGAGCUACUGGUUGAAGUUAUCAGCAUUUUCUUAUUCGUGUUCGGUGUGGCCGUUUGUGACAUCGUAUGGACGCGGAUAUGGGGUAUGGUGGAUAAUCAAUCGAUACAAUCAAUAUGGGGCACUUUGGCGACCCUACAUCAUCCGAUACUUCUUACACUUAUUUUAGACGUAAACUUCUGCACCUUUGUAAGAUACAUGGAAAAGCAAUUCGAAGACUUGAACAUCGGUAUAUUGAAAUUGACAAUAGAACCUGACUGUGCCGACAGUAGCAAGAGACCAGAGCUGCAGAUGUAUCCUCUGAAUUUUACGGUAGCGAAAUCGGUACCUGAAGAUGAAAAUACUGCAGCCAAAAGUCUUGUAAAAGACAAGUACUACAUGAUACAAAAAAUUCGAAAAACUCACUUGAGUCUGACCAGGCUGACUAAGAAGAUGAACACGGCCUUUGGCGUACAGAAUCUGUUGUCUGUGACUGAAUCAUUUGUCAUGAUCACCGGACUGUCAUACACUAUUUAUAGUACUUUCUCAUCGAAGAGUUUCAAUUACUAUAAGUUAAAAGAGAUAAUCUCCCCGACUGCAUGGACCUUGAUUUAUGGGUAUAAAAUUUGGGUUAUCUGUCACGCUUGCUAUAAGGUUACUACAGAGAUGCAAAGAACCGGGCAAGUAAUUUACGACCUUCUCGGGAAAAAAGUAGAUACCGAACUUCAAAAAGAGAUUAGAGAGUUUUCUCUACAGAUGCUUCAAAAUCCUGUUAGCUUUGACGUUUGCGGAUUGGUAACCUUGGACCAUUCAUUCCUCCAACAGGUGAUUGAAUUUUUUAACGGUUUUAUACACUCGUAUCUAUUUCUGUGCGCAUUGUUUGCUCUGAAUAACAGGUGAUUGGAUCCGUAACGACCUACCUGGUGAUCCUAAUUCAAAUGAGUUGAAUAUUCAAGAUCUUCACGGCGUGAUAUUCGCUGCAGAAACAUCAGAUUUUGCUAUUUUCAUUUAUUUCUGACGAAAUUCUGCAAUCGAUGAUCUUCAAAUUUUAAGUGCAAAAUGCAUUUUACUGCUAACAUUAGGAUAAGUAACGAAUCCAAUAGAAAGUAAUAAAAACGUUCUGAAUACAAA